UUCUCCUCUUAAUGCUCAUCUACCAAAACCCAGAUGAUUUUCUUAAUUGAUUGACCUGUUUUAAUUUAGCAUGGAGUUGAGGAACAUAUAAAGAAUCUUAAAAUCUUGUGAUUCUAAAUUAAAGAUAUAUUAAAUCUAUUCAAAUAUCUUUUGAUGUUAUAGUUUUAAACACGUCUAAGUAGAAAAUUGAAAUUAAGGAAAUGCUAAAAAGAGAAAUAUUAGUUUGCAAUGGACUAAAAUGAAAUUACUUCACACAAAUUGAAAUGUAUGGUCACUUGUCCAAAGAAUAUUCCACGCGGGUAGCCAUUGACUUAGUUGUGCCAUUACGUCACACUUUAUUUUGAAUGUUGGAUUUAUUGUUAAAACUUAGACAAGUCAACACGUCUUAGAUAUUGGCUUUUCGUGUUUUUUUAUUUGAAUACAUCCUAACAAUUUUGAGCAGUUCAUUGACAAGACAAACUUAUUAAGAGAGAUCGAGCGCGAUAGAAGCUUGAGAUGGAGAGGGAGAGAGUUGUUGCUCAAGCUCGAGUAUGGGCUGCUAUUCAAGAGGAAGCCCAUAAAAGAGCUGCAUUUGAAGCUCAAGUACGGGCUGUUAUUCAAGAGGAAGCCCAUAAUAGAGCUGCAUUUGAAGCUCGAGUACGGGGUGCUAUUCAAGGGGAAGCCCAUAAAAGAAAUGCAUUUGAAGCUCGAGUACGGGCUGCUAUUCAAGAGGAAGCCCGUAAAAGAGAUGCAUCUGAA